AUGAGACUACAAUCAAGAUAUCCCGAAAUACGAUAUCACGCCAAAGCACGGUCGGAAUUCGAUCGGGUCCUGAACGUCUGGCUUUUAUGUCACCAGCAGCGAGGGUUCAGGACCGACGAGGUGGCAUUCGCAGGCUGGGAUCUUCUCAACCUGCAAAACAAGCACGACACUCAGAAGACCGGCAUUACCAGUAUGAGUCUGUACCAACUGAUCAGUCAGGCCUCAGCUUUCGACUGCACGGUGGGACGAGACCGCAUCUAUAGCCUUUUGGGAAUGCUCUCGCCACAGAUUCUCGAGCGGACAGGUGUUCGAGAAUGUCUUCGUCCGAACUAUGAGAAGAAUAAUCAGAAAGAAUACAAGAAGACAGAGCAAGCGGUGCUGAUCGAUGCCGUUAAUGCCAUCAUUCUGUCCACCGGUGAGCUGGAAUUCCUAGAGCGAGCAGGAUUACAUCGAGCUGGCGACCAACCUUCAUGGAUGCCGGACUUGAAGUUGAUCGACGCUCUUGCGAAACCAGAACUGCGCUCGUUGUCGAAACCUAAUCAGUCAUGGGAGAACGAGCUCUUCGCCAAGGUCUUGAAAGAAGAAAGCAGAUCCUGGGAUGAGGUCAACUACAUGGAAAGCAUGAAGUUGCGAGCUCAACUCAGCGCGCAGACGACGGUGCCGGAAUGGAGCCCUCAGCUAACGAGUGAGCUUCUUCCUGAGCAUGCACAUCCAUUCCCAGACUUCUUCCGAUGCGAUGCGACGUGGAGUGCCAUAAGUCGACCAAGUAUGGAGAACCAGGACACCAUAACCGCACAAGCAAUCUUACUCGACACCGUCGACUUCACGAGUGACUCCUUCUGCGACGAGAUAUUCAGCGACUAUACCAAGCUGCUGUCCAACAUGGAAGACUUCACCGACAAACUUGAGCUCGAGCAAGGCGCCUCCAUGAUGGACAUCCAGGCCGCCAUGAGCUUCACCCUGAUCGGCGGCGCAGCGAGCCACAGCCAUGUCGCCAGCGAAGCCGAUGUAGCUGCAUACCACGAAUUCAUGAACUGGCUGCUCAUGGGCGUCUACGCCGACCGCACCCGAGAAGUCGAAGAGAUCCUUAACAAGCCGGCUGUCGCUAUCAAGCGAUACUACCUAUCAAUGAUAGCAACAGCAACCAACCGCAGACUCCUCUGCACGGCUUCGGGCUUCGUGGGUCUUGGCCCAAGUCUCAUGGAGGAUGGGGAUGUUGUUGCGAUUGUGUUUGGAAGUCGCAGGCCUGUCGUGUUGCGCCCUGUUGAGGAGAAGAAGUUUCGAUUUGUGGGAUUGUGCUAUGUACAUGGUGUUAUGUAUGGGGAGUUGAUUAAGUCGCUGGAUGAUGAGUUUCGGACGAAGAAGAUGGCGCAGACGAUUGAGAUUGUGUGA